AUUUAUAUAUGGUGAUUGUUGAUUAUAUUAUUUAUAUUCUAUUGUUUAUAUUGGUUGGUAACAUGAUCUUAUCCUGAGCGAUGGUAUCCUACGACACUUGGCCGAAGAUAGAUCCGCGAAUACUACUCUAUCUGAUGAUGGUGGUGUUGUUCCUUGACCAUGUGUGGGAAAUAAUAUUGGCCAAACGACAGCAACUGACCUGCCUGAAUGCCGUUAUGGUACCGGAAGAGCUACGAGAUAUUAUACCGCCGGAGAUCUUUCAUCGCGCCCGCGUCUAUGAAUUACACAAAAUGGAGCUCUUUAUAUGGAAACAUAUCAUCGAUUUGAUCGCUAGCCUCUUAGAAUUAUAUUUUGGCUUUUACCCAUUUGUUUGGGGCUUGGCCACUAUCACUUUGGCGCCCUUAACAUCCAAAGAGCUAUGGAUUAGCCUGAUCUUUGUAUUAUAUCUAACUAUAUAUAUAUCGCUACGCUGUCUGCCUAUCCUAAUCUACGAUAAGUGUAUAUUGGAGCUGAGAUAUGGAACGCACCGACGGUUUCCCAGCUAUAUGUAUUUGCUCAUUGGCCUACUGUGCAUCAUCCUCGCACAGAUAGUCCUGGCGCCGCUCACCUUAUUGAUUAUAGUCUGUGUCCAGGUCUUGGGAUUCUUUUUCUUUUUAUAUUUCUGGCUGUUGUGGGCCGUUUUCACCUUGCUCCUAGUUUUCUUUUUGCCCUAUCUAUGUGCCCCCUGCAUUGGUGCUCAACGUCGAUUGCCGUCUGGGAGCGCUCUGUAUACGGAUAUAAAGGUCGUUUGUGAUCAGACCGGAUUCCCCAUGGAUCGUGUCUUUAUCAUUCAGACCAAAUCCAUGCAGUACAGCAAUGCCUACUUCUAUGGCAGCUGCUGCCUGAAACGCAUUGUCGUCUUCGAUACGUUACUCUUGAAUAAGGGUCUGCCGGCCAGUCAACUGCAACCGUUUGAGGUGGGACGUGGCCUGACCAAUCAACAGGUGGUAGCUGUUGUUGCACACGAGUUGGGUCACUGGAAGAAUGGACAUUUCUACAAGGCCACGUUUAUAAUGAAGCUGCAUUUCUUUCUAACCAUGGUCUUUUUUGGCCUACUCUUCCACUGCCCUUAUCUGUACGAAGCCGUCGGGUUUAAACCGGGUCUCUGGCCAAUUAUUGUCGGCUUUUUGAUCGUACUGCGCUUUGCGCUCACACCAUAUCUGACGUUGGCCAAUAUCCUAAUGCUGUGGAAUCUACGACGCUUCGAAUAUGCCGCAGAUCGUUUUGCACAUCGUCUCGGGUACUCCCUGCUGCUGCGUUCAGCGCUCACGAAAAUCUAUGCGGAUCACAUGAGCUUUCCGGUCUACGAUGACUGCUAUGCCCGCUGGCAUCAUACGCAUCCAACCAUAUUGCAGCGAUUGGCUUAUCAGCGAAAACUGGACCAGGAUGCCUACUAUGCCAGCUAAAUGAUCCGUCUCAUCUAAAUUUAUCUAAAUUUGUAGUCGAUGCGAUUUUUAUGUCUUCGUUUUAUGCUUCUAGUAGUCUGUGAGCUCAAUUUCAAGUUAAUCUAAAUGUUUUCUGUGACCUUUUCCAUUUUUUAAAAAUUAUCUGGUUCCUCAGUAUACUUGUAAAUUCCAAUUCAACGGUCAUGUCUUUUGGGUGCAUUACCAAAUUGAAUGUUAACAUUGACAAGUGUAAUGCUUUUGCCUUAUCCACAGUCAAACGCACAUCACGUAUGCCAACAAUUCAACUCGUCUAUUGCUGAGCAAUCCGUCCGGUUUCGUUUUCCGCAGCA